AGAGAGAGAGAGAGAAGGGGCGGGGGGUUUACUAAACAGAGAGAUCUCCCUCUCCCAUGGCGAUCCUCUAUGCGGUGGUGGCGCGGGGCACGGUUGUCCUCGCGGAGUUCGCCGCGGUCACGGGGAACACCGGCGCCAUCGCGCGCCGCAUCCUCGAGAGGCUCCCCGCCGACGCCGACUCCAGGCUCUGCUUCUCCCAGGAUCGCUACAUCUUCCACGUGCUCAGGGCCGAUGGAAUCACCUUCCUCUGCAUGGCCAACGACACCUUCGGAAGGAGAGUUCCUUUCCUAUACUUGGAGGAUAUUCACAUGAGGUUUAUGAAGAACUAUGGCAGAGUAGCUCAUUCUGCUCUAGCUUAUGCAAUGAAUGAUGAGUUCUCCAGAGUGCUACAUCAGCAGAUGGAAUUCUUCUCUAGUAAUCCAAGUGCAGAUACACUUACUCGUCUCCGAGGUGAAGUUAGCGAGAUACAUACUAUUAUGGUGGAGAAUAUAGACAAAAUAUUAGACAGAGGUGAUCGAAUUGCACUUCUUGUUGACAAAACUGCUACAAUGCAAGAUAGUGCCUUUCACUUCCGGAAGCAAUCGAAGCGACUUAGGAGAGCUCUUUGGAUGAAGAAUGCGAAGCUUUUAGUUGUGUUGACUGUUAUGAUAGUGCUGUUGCUGUACUUAAUAAUUGCUGCUUGUUGUGGGGGCCUCACACUUCCAUCGUGCAGAGCAUAAUUGUUUUGGUUAUCACCUUUCAUCAAGUGCACUCGAAUUGUCAUGUUAAACUUCCUUUCUAGUUCGCGAGUCUCCCUUUCGUAUUGUGAAGAACUUUAUAGUUAUUACAUAUGUGGUUUGUAUCUAGGAAAGGAAAGGAUUUAUCUGAAAUUUGGUACAUAUUUCAUUUAUCAUUAGUAGUUCCUGGUCUUUUGUAUAGCCAUUUUGUCAUCUUUCCGUUGUUUAUUUGCUGUACAAUAUUUACCGGGUCUGUAUCAUACAUAUGGUUUAAGACAAUGUAAUGGUGGACUAUGGUUUCUGCCUUUUUCAUUUUCACCUUUUUGGUGCCA